GCCAUAAUGCCGUGCUGUCAGAAAACAAUGUGAAGUGAUGGAUUUCACUCUUCUCGUGCCCAACACGUGAAAUGAAAGAUUCCGCUGCGAACGUCGAAGACCGAUCGGGAACCAGGUUGCAAUUGCGAUGAUGGGACGGAGAGCGAGGCUCUCGCAUCCAUCGAGAUCCAGGUCAGUCGGCUCCUCUACUGCGGACGGGGCAACGACGGCUGGAGCCUGCGCGAUCUGCAGGCGGAUACAGUCCGGACAGAAUUUUCGCUUUUUCCAUGUCGUCGGCAAGUAGGAGCCUGACACACAAGCGGGGUGCUCAUUAGAGCAGCAAGUACCGGAGGAAAGACUUACACAUCGGCCGUAGCCUCCACUGGGGGAGGAGGACAUGGGAGGCCCUCGGCGUCAGAGGCCACAGAGCUACGGCGCUGCUGUCUCUCUCGGGCGGUCCUGUCAGACGCCGGUGCUCCUCUAGGGAGCGGGCCUUUACGCGUCUGCUUCCUGGCGCAGUGUAUGGCAUAGUGAUCUGAGACCAGUGCAGGGCACUCAGUCCCGCUCUGGGCUCCGCAUUGGCUCAUGCUCUCGUCCUCGGGCUCCAUCCGUUUCUCUGCACGUCUGGAGCGCGGGAAAGAAUCCAAGCCGGAGGCCCUUUCUCUCACAUGAGAUAGACGAGAGAGAGGCGAUCCAUCUGCUCUGCACCGAUCACAGACACCACCUGGUCCAAGAGCAUGACGUCUGCGACUCACUGCAUGCCAAGUCCCAUGACAUCGCUAUCCGUCCUCGUCCCCACUUUCUCCGUGCUCAUCGAACAAUGAUCUCUUCGAAGCAUGAAGCCGAAGCUUCCAAGCUUCACUUCCUUGGAUGCAUUAGCUCCUACGUUCCCAACCGUCUCGCGGCUCACGUCCGACCCAUCUCGCGUGACAUUGCCAGUCGGCUUCUUGUACAUGCGGUGCUCUUUUUUAUUGGCUUCUCUGUUUCCAUCUGCAACACCUCCAUCACUUCGAGGAAUUCUUUCUUUUCUUUCUGCAGCUGGAUCCGCACUUAUCGCUGUGACAAAUAAAAUGUACAGUACAUUUUGGAGCUUCCAGAUUUCACUUCUGAUCAUUCAGUUCGUUUUGAUCAGCCGCGUCCAGCUCUAACUUUUUGAUUUCCGUUGCUGUAGACUCGCAAAGUGUUAGUACAUCGUCUUUAGCAUCGAGAUGAAGUUUUCUCUUGGACUGUGUCAAAGUGGACGUUUAGAAGACAUGGAUGCAUCACCCAUGGAACAUACUUUCCUCAAGCUAAAAUUUGGAUUUUCUAAGGUUACCAGUCCACACUACUGUCCAGCUAUGGUCGCCU